UCUGCGCCACUACCACAGGCCACUCGGGGAAAUAAAAAAUACUCAAGAAGAGGGAAAAUGGCUACUGACGGCGAUGUAGUGGUGGUGAAUCCGAAACCACAGAACGGACUUACUUCUAAAGUGAUCGAUUUUGUUGAGAGCUUGAUCGUCAAGUUUAUGUACGAUACUUCGCAGCCUCGCCACUAUCUCUCCGGUAACUUUGCUCCGGUAUCUGAAGAAACUCCUCCUACUAAAAGCCUCACCGUCAUCGGUCAUCUCCCGGAUUGCUUGAAUGGGGAGUUUGUUCGUGUUGGUCCAAAUCCAAAGUUCUCUCCGGUUGCUGGAUAUCACUGGUUUGAUGGAGAUGGCAUGAUUCAUGGUCUGCGCAUCAAAGAUGGAAAGGCAACUUAUGUCUCACGUUUUGUGAGAACAUCACGACUUAAACAGGAAGAAUUUUUUGGAGGUGCUAAAUUUAUGAAGGUUGGAGACCUUAAGGGGCUAUUUGGAUUGCUCAUGGUUAACAUGCAAAUGCUUCGAGCUAAACUGAAAGUAUUGGAUGUUUCAUAUGGAACUGGAACAGGUAAUACAGCUCUCAUUUAUCACCAUGGGAAACUUCUAGCACUUCAAGAGGCAGACAAACCUUACGCCAUCAAAGUAUUGGAAGAUGGAGAUCUGCAGACACUUGGCAUGCUGGAUUAUGACAAAAGAUUGCAACAUUCCUUUACUGCCCAUCCAAAGGUUGAUCCAUACACUGGUGAGAUGUUUACCUUUGGAUAUUCGCAUACACCUCCAUACAUCACAUACAGAGUUAUUUCAAAGGAUGGUUUCAUGCAUGAUCCCGUGCCAAUAACAAUAUCAGAUCCCAUCAUGAUGCAUGACUUUGCUAUUACGGAGAAUUAUGCAAUUUUCAUGGAUCUUCCUCUGUAUUUCAGGCCAAAGGAAAUGGUGAAAGAAAACAAGCUGAUAUUCACAUUCGAUGCAACAAAGAAAGCUCGUUUUGGUGUACUUCCUCGAUAUGCAAAGAAUGAGGCUCAAAUAAGAUGGUUUGAGCUUCCAAAUUGCUUCAUAUUCCAUAAUGCCAAUGCUUGGGAGGAGGAGGAGGAAGUUGUUCUGAUCACCUGCCGCCUGGAGAAUCCAGAUCUGGACAUGGUCAAUGGGACUGUCAAAGAAAAGCUUGAAAAUUUCGCAAAUGAACUUUAUGAGAUGAGAUUCAACUUGAAAACUGGUCUAGCUUCACAAAAGAAAUUAUCAGCACCUGCUGUUGACUUUCCCAGGGUUAAUGAGAGCUACACUGGCAGGAAACAAAGAUAUGUUUAUGGGACCAUUCUAGACAGUAUUGCUAAGGUUACAGGGGUUAUCAAAUUUGAUUUGCAUGCUGAACCAGAGGCUGGAAAGACAAAGCUUGAAGUUGGAGGAAAUGUUAAAGGUAUCUUCGACCUGGGCCCAGGUAGAUUUGGUUCAGAGGCUAUUUUUGUCCCUCGAGAGCCUGGUACCUCUUCUGAAGAAGAUGACGGCUACUUAAUUUUCUUUGUACAUGAUGAAAAGACCGGAAAGUCACGGGUGAAUGUAAUUGAUGCAAAAACAAUGUCGCCAGAUCCUGUUGCAGUGGUGGAAUUACCAAACAGGGUUCCCUACGGCUUCCAUGCCUUUUUUGUGACAGAGGAACAACUGGAAGAACAAGCAAAAUUGUAAACUUGGAAGCUGGAGAAAGGGUGCAAAGUCAGAAAUUGCAGAAGAUAAUGGAAAAUUAGCAGAAGCAUAUGUUUUCUUCAUUAUGUCAUAAUACGAGUUUAUAUAUGUUAUAUUUGCAAAUUAUGUUGAUCAUUAUGUCAUGUAUAUGUUUUCUUCUUCAUACCUAAGAUUACACUCCAAUGGUAUUACUUACUUUUUGCCGCGAAUAUACAGUUCCAUUUCUCA